GUAUAGUUAUUAGGCUAUCUGCUGCUGAAGAACAUAUAAGUUCCAGGUCGGGCCCACGUCAGACUGUUGAUGAACUAUGUCCUUGGCAAGGAUCAUUCUACUCGGCAUCGUGCCCCUAGCGGCCUCAAGCUAUGAACCAUCAGAAAGCACCGGUAUCAAUGUCUACGGUGACCCAACACAAACUUCGAGCAUAGACGAUAUCCUCAAGAGACCACUGUUCGUCAUUACAAACACGAAUCCUAAUGAAGAAGAACUCAGUGGCUAUGUAACCGAAGGUGGUCUGUCUGCACUAGCGAAUGAUCCUGAAGGAAAGGACACGUAUGAGGCGCUACGGCGAGGGGGCGAUACGGCAUUGCUGUUACAUCCGAGUUUCCUCUCUUCACCUUACCUGAAGUCAACGGCAGGAUCUGCUCUCGCAACAAGAUUUCGUCUUCCAAGCUUUGCAAUGUUGGCGUUCUUGGUGUCGGUGGCUAUUCGUAUUCCGUGGCUCCUUAUGGGAUACCCCAAGAAAAAUUCUACUAGCACACCAACUUUCAAACGCGAGAAUUUUGUAAAAUUAUUCCACCUGGAAUUAUCCGAUCAAUCCGUUGAAAUUUUAGAAGCCUUGGAUCAACUACCUACGUCUGUUGUCGAAAAUCUGUAAUCUCUCUGUGUGAAUUUCGUUAACCAGACUAAAUUAUGUUAUUAUAAAAAUAAAGAACGGGUUAUUUUAGCUGUCGAAACAUUCUUGUAGUGAUUCAUACCUUGCGUAAGUAGUCUUAAUGAAGAAAAUUCUUCAGUUAAAAUCCGGUAUUAUGAUUCUCUUUCCCGUCUUAUGUCUAAAAUUGAUUCUAGUAAAUUUCUAAUGACAAUGCAACGAUCUG